AUGGUGAAGUAACUCCCUUUGUAAAUUAAAUAGAAACGAAAUCCUUGGACCAGUGAAGUAUUUUUGUAAAGUUAUAAAAAGGAAGACCAGCUUUUAAGAAAAUUGGUGAAAAAAUACCAAAAUGAAAGGCUUGCUUGGAAGAUAAUUUCAUAACACUUAAAAUAGAAUGGAUUUAAUAGGAAUACGAAAGCAUGUAGAGAAAGGUUUUCAAAUCAUCUGGAUAGUGCUUAUAACAAGGCUGAUCUAACUGAAAAUGAAAUAGAUUAACUAUUUGACUUAAUAGAAGUGCAUGGCAAUAAAUGGGUACCUAUUUUAUCAAAUCAUAGACACAUAUUGCUGAAUAGUUGAACAAAAGAACUGAUUAGGACAUAAAAAACAAAUUUUAUGCUCAUGUUAAGAAAAUCAUUCGUAGAUUGAUUAAAGCUGCAUAUUAAACAACCGAAAGUAUUUAGUUUUUUAUGACAUAGGCUCCAUAAUAAUUGCCAGAAUACAGCCACUAUUAAUUUCUAGCAUAUAUUGUCAUGUCGAGGAAGAAAAUGAUAAAAUUUUAAAAAUAGAGCAAGAGAUGAAGGUUCUGUUUAAGUAGUUAAUUCGAAACAAUAAAAAUAUUCAAGUUGGUGUUAAAGUUGAUGACUAAACAAUAGAAUAAGUUAAAUUAGUUAUGAACUACCUUGGCAAGCAAAAGUAAUUUGAUCUCAUUAUUCUAGCGAUAUUUAUUUAAAGAAAAAGAUUACUAAAUAGGCAGAGAAGGUUAAGCUUAAGAAGAUAAAACAAAAGAGAUCUCUUAAACUCUCAUAAAACUUGAAAAGAUAAUCAAAAAUAAUCGAGAAUAUUAUACAAAAGAAAGCUAUUUUUACAACAAAUAAAAUAAAAAUAGAAAAAUUUAAGUUCCAAUACCCUCAGGGGCAAGAAAUUAAAAAUUAGACUUCCCCAGAAUAUACCCCAGGAGACAACCAUUUUUCAUUUUAUUCAUACUAUAGUCCUUUUACUAGUAUCUUUUAAUGGGGACCAUCUUCCAAUAUCAUUCCAAUUGAACCAAUAUUUACAAAGGUAUAGAUCCUCAAUAUAAAUAGAAUUUUUUAUGUGGAUUUCCUGGCCGCUAAAAUCAGUGUAUUAUGUGGCCUGAGAGUUAUCAAAUAACUUCUGAAUGA